AUGGACGAUUUAAACCAAACUUCUCCAGACAGCUUCAUUCUACUUGGAUUAUCUGAUGUCCCUUACCUCCAGGUUAUCUGUUUCCUGGUGUUCUUGUUGAUGUAUAUUGCCACACUAUCAGGAAAUCUUCUACUAAUCAUUGUAAUGAGGAUCAACCCAAAACUACACAGUCCCAUGUACUUCUUCCUGAGUAACCUCUCUGUUAUUGAUAUAUGUUUCUCCUCUUCCAUAGUACCCGUAAUCCUAAUAAAUACAUUAGCCAGAGACAGAAGUAUUUCCCGAUUAGGAUGUGCAACCCAGACGUUCAUCUCUGUAGGAUUAGGGGCAGCAGAAUCUAUAAUGCUGGCGGUCAUGGCCUAUGAUAGGUUUGCUGCCAUCUGUAAGCCAUUGUACUACAUCACCAUCAUGAACAAGAAAUUGUGCUUUUGUGUAGCUGUCGGAUGUUGGAGCGGGUGCUUCAUCAAUUCCGGCAUUCAGGUGGCUCUCACAUUCCAACUGCCAUUCUGCAGGUCCCACCACAUCAACCACUUCUUCUGUGAGGUACCUACACUCCUGAGAUUGUCCUGCAGAGAUACUCGGCUCAAUGAGAUAGGAGUGUAUAUCUCAGUAGUAAUUAUAACUGUGAGUUCUUUCUUGUUGACACUCAUUUCAUAUGUCCAUAUUAUCUCCUCAAUCUUGAAGAUCCAUUACACCCAAGGGAGGUAUAAAGCUUUCUCCACCUGUGCCUCCCACCUCAUUGUUGUCACCCUCUUCUAUGGGACAGCUUCAGUCAUAUAUCUACGGCUCAAAUCCAGUUACUCUCAUAAAUCAGACAAGAUUGUGUCUAUUCUCUAUACAACAGUGACUCCAAUGUUGAACCCCUUCAUAUACAGUGUGAGGAAUAAGGAUGUGAUAGAGACAAUAAUGAAUAAUCUGAGUAGGAAACAAAAUCUCUGA